GCGGGCGGCGCGAAGCACGGACCGGGAGCCGGAGCCGCCGCCGCCGCCACCUGCGCGGCAGCCAACAAGAUGUCAUGGCACCCCCAAUACCGCAGCUCCAAGUUCCGUCACGUCUACGGCAAGCCUGCCAGCAAAGAGAACUGCUACGACUCUGUGCCCAUCACACGCAGCGUCCACGAUAACCACUUCUGUGCCGUGAACCCCCACUUCAUCGCUGUGGUCACGGAAUGUGCCGGCGGGGGCGCCUUCCUUGUCAUCCCCCUGCACCAGACUGGAAAGUUGGACCCUCACUACCCCAAGGUCUGUGGGCACAGAGGGAACGUCUUGGACAUCAAAUGGAAUCCUUUCAAUGACUUUGAGAUUGCCUCCUGUUCUGAAGAUGCCACGAUUAAGAUCUGGAACAUCCCCAAGCAGCUGUUGACAAGGAACCUCACAACCUACAGGAAGGAGCUGAUCGGCCAUGCACGCAGGGUGGGGCUGGUGGAGUGGCACCCCACAACGGCCAACAUUCUCUUCAGUGCUGGCUAUGACUACAAGGUGAUGGUGUGGAACCUGGACACAAAGGACUCUGUCAUUGCUGGGCCGGUGAAGACAAUCAACUGUCACCAAGAUGUGAUUCUCUCCAUGUCCUUCAACACCAACGGCAGCAUGCUGGCCACCACCUGUAAGGACCGAAAGAUUCGGAUUGUUGACCCUCGACUAGGGGUUGUCCUCCAGGAAGCCAGCUACAAGGGGCACCGGGCCAACAAAGUACUGUUCCUGGGGAGCCUCAAGAAGCUGCUAUCCACGGGUACCUCCCGCUGGAACAACCGGCAGAUGGCCCUAUGGGACCAGGAAAACCUUUCUGUGCCCCUGACAGAGGAAGACCUGGAUGGCUCCUCUGGCGUGCUGUUUCCCUUCUUCGACUCGGACACCAGCAUGUUGUACAUUGUGGGGAAGGGAGACGGGAACAUCCGCUACUAUGAGGUGAGCACGGAGAAGCCUCACCUGACCUACCUGACUGAGUACCGCUCCUACAACCCACAGAAGGGGAUCGGUAUCAUGCCAAAGAGAGGUCUCGAUGUGUCUUCCUGUGAGAUCUUCCGCUUCUAUAAACUGAUCACAACCAAAAGCCUCAUCGAGCCGGUGUCCAUGAUUGUACCCCGGAGGUCAGAAUCCUACCAAGAGGACAUCUACCCGCCCACCGCAGCGGCCCAGCCCUCCCUGAUGGCUCAUGAGUGGCUCAGCGGGAUGAACAGAGGGCCUAUCAUGAUGUCCCUCAGACCCGGCUCCGAGCUGCUGGACUCCCAGACACUGCCUCCAGAGAGACCCCUCUCCAACUCGAUGGUCCACGUUUCACCUCAGCCCUUAGAACCCAUGAAACAGCCAGCCGAAGGCGGUGACCAGACGCCCUUCUGUCUACCGGAAGAGAAGGUACCAAAGUGGACCAUGGGGCAUCCGCUGGAGGAGAAGUCCUGCCUCACUAAUGGCUUUGAUGUUUUCGAAUGCCCCCCACCAAAGACAGAAAAUGAGCUGCUGCAGAUGUUCUACCGGCAACAGGAGGAGAUCCGGAGGCUCCGGGAUCUGUUAAUCCAGAGAGAAAUCCAGACCAAGCAGCUGGAACUGGAGAUCAAAAACCUGCGGACGGCCUUAAAACAGUUCUGAGCAGAGGUCUCCUCCACCCUUGCCCUCAGGGACACCGCUAGGCUCUGUGGAGAGAGAGAGGUCCAGCACCAAGCUGCAAUUCCCCGAGAACAACCACUAUUUCUAUAUUUUAUACCAGGAAAACAAAACUCUCAGUUGCUGAAAGAGAUCCCAGUGGGACGUGGUGCCGCUUUCCUGUCGCCUUCUCCAAGCUGCAGUUCCUGCCCUGGCUGGUUUAGAGUAUGCCCUACCUUCUGCUGGAUUCUGGUUUUAAGGGUUGGUGAGGAGCUAUGACCUCCCGGGGUGAAGAUUUGGCCCGAUUCUAAACCACAGGCAGGCGGCCAAACCCACCCUUCCAACCAGAAUCAGCCAUGUGUGGGUAGAUCGUCCCAUAGGUGGGGACACAGACCUCAGAGCUGAGUCCAUGUCUGUUGACUCCAGGAAGGCAGAAACGGACUUCCACCCAGGGUAUCUAAAGUCCUCUGGGAGGUAGGGGGGCCCAGCACUGGGUGUGGCAAAGCCCCAUGGCCAGCCACCAGUAAGGACUCUGGUUGACUGCACUGGGUGAGAAAAUGGCACCUGGUCUGAAAGCCUGCGUCCCUCCCUUGUGUGUCUUGUGCCCAGUUCGAGGCUCUUUUCUUUCUUGGUGCACAACAAGCCCAGCUGGUGCCUGGGGACUUGAGACAAGGCUUUACCACAGGAGGUACCCAUUCCCUCAACCCCUGGACAAGCAGAGUAUCCUCCUCCUCGACUCCCCCCUAGACUGAUAGUUUUCCCCAUCACUCAGGGUCAUGCUGGAGCUCAAGCGAGAAUUUCAGGGGCCAUCCAGGCUAACAGGUUUCGACCCGGUCGUCCAUUAGCACCCCUCUGGAUGCACAUACUGAUGACCAGACCCACUGAAGCUGACCCUGCAGUGGAGGGUGGGGCCCUCUGGACAAGCUGCCUGGGUGGCUUCUGUUCAUGGGAAUGGAGACGCUUUUUGCUAGCAUCCUACUGUGUUGGCAAUGGAAGCAGUACAAAGCUGACUCCCACAUGACCACGUCACUCACCGUCGCUGGUAUCUG